UCUUGUCUCUUUUUCUUUUUCCUUCCCUGGGGCCUUUUAACAAACUGAUGGAGGGCACAGCCUACUUCCUUUCCUUUGCCAUUGCUUUAAGCUGAAAUUUCAAUUUCUGGCUCUCUAUCAUCUGAAGCAUAUACUGGGACAGAGAGGAAAAGGGAUCUUCUUUCUGUGACUGAUGAGAGAGGAUGGACGCAGCAGGGGAGGAGCUAGAGAGAAGAAGCAAGUUUCUAAACAGUCUGAUACUGAAGAAGAAAGCCGUCGACCAGCAGGAGCAUCAUGAUCGCCUCAAUGUUCGUGUCAGAGCUUGUGACAUGCCUCUCCCUCUGCAGAACCGCGCUUUUCGUUGCGCGCGUGACCACCUCGAUUCCAUGCCUGGCAAGAAGCUCGACAGUAAACGUCUCGCUCUAGCACUCAAGAAGGAAUUCGAUUCUUCUUAUGGUCCAGCUUGGCACUGCAUCGUGGGUACUAGCUUUGGUUCCUACGUUACACAUUCUCUUGGUGGUUUCUUGUAUUUUUCCAUCGACAAGGUUUAUAUCCUUCUCUUCAAGACAGCUGUUGAACCGUUAGUUCAUUGAUGAAUUCUAGUUGGUUUUUUUUUUUUUUGGCGUCACAUGUUUGUCUCUUUGCAGGAUUAUAACUUCAAAAAGAUUUACCAUUAUGUAAAAUCACAAAAUGGAAAUAUCAAGACUUCUAUAGUCUGUGGUGUAUUUGAUGCGCUUCAAUUUGUAACUGUUUCUUGUUUUUCCCCCUCCUUUUCUUUUUGGGUUUGGUUUAUGCCUUUAUGGGAAGGUGUUGAGUGUAAAAUUUGGGGUGACAAUGCAAGUCACAGCACACUGGUUCACCACAGAACGAUGUUUACUGAAUUUUCUUGGACCGAUAACAAAAUACUGUUGCUAGCUGGUCCUGAUCCGUACAGCAGGUCGUGCUUUAUGAAGCAUCUAUGAUCAUCAACCAUGGCUAAAACUUAGCCUACAGUUAAGAAGGACGGAGACUGAUAUGGAUGCGGGUAAUAACAUGGAAAUAAACUGUACUGAUCCCGAAAUAUCUGGUAAGUGUUUGUGUUUAAAGUAUUGUGUUAAAUCUAAUAAGAAGCUUAAUGACGCAAUGAUAGCCUAAGCAUGGUUCAUGUAUAUCAGAAGAAUUCAAGAUUUGAUCUUUCAGAGAUGAAUAUGUAAGAGCAAUAUUGAUGACCA